CAGUCCAAUCACAGUGAACCGGUGCUAGGCUGACCGGAGGAGGGUUGUGAUUUUCGACACUGUGCUCUCUUGCAUUUUAAAUCCCCCAGUCUGUACAAAAGGGCUAACAAGAGGUGGAGGAGGAGGUGGAGGAGGAGAGGGAAGGGCAGCCUCUCUCAACACAGCCGCGUAUUCCACUCAGUUGUAAGCAGGAGGGGAGGAGGAUGCAGGCAUAAAGAGGAGGAAAAGAAAGCAGCACCCUUUCAGACACCUGCUGAGAGCUGCUAGAGGCCUUCCUUGUCUUUGGCCUUUUUCUGCUCCUUGCUUUGAUGCUUUCGUCAUCCUCUCUCAUUUCCUCUUGCCUCUGACCUGUUAUUUGCUGGGACUUGUUUUUCGAACAAAAGCACCUUUUUUCCCCCUCGGUGGUGUUGGUUUUGCAUCAGCUGAGUCAUCAUGUCUGAUCUGACGCCUCAGAGCGAAACCCCCACUCCCAACAACGACAAGAUCACCCAGGCCGCCCGAGAGACCAUUUAUCUGUGCAACUUUCGCGUGUCUGUGGACGGCGAGUGGCUCUGCCUUCGAGAGCUCAACGACAUCUCUCUGACGCCAGAUCCAGAGCCGGCCCAUGAAGAUCCCAAGGAUCCCAUUGCGAUUGAAAGGCUUAACCUGAUGAACAUGGCCAAACUGAGCAUCAAGGGCCUGAUCGAGUCUGCUCUGAACCUCGGACGCACGCUGGACUCCGACUAUGCGCCUCUUCAGCAGUUCUUUGUGGUCAUGGAGCACUGUCUGAAACAUGGCUUGAAAACCAAGAAGACCUUCCUGGGGCAGAACAAGUCGUUCUGGGGGGCGUUGGAGCUGGUGGAGAAGUUGACCCCCGAGGCAGGAGAAAUCACUGCCAGUGUAAAAGACCUGCCUGGCCUCAAGACUCCUCUAGGACGAGGGCGUGCCUGGUUGCGAUUGGCCUUGAUGCAGAAGAAACUCUCUGACUACAUGAAGACCAUCAUCAACAGAAAGGACCUGCUCAGUGAAUUUUAUGAAGCGAAUGCCUUGAUGAUGGAGGAGGAAGGAGCUGUCAUCGCUGGGCUGCUCGUUGGACUAAAUGUCAUUGAUGCUAAUCUGUGUAUGAAGGGAGAGGACCUGGACUCUCAGGUCGGGGUGAUUGAUUUUUCAAUGUACCUCAAAGAUGGAGGACACAGUAGUAAGAGUGCAGAAGGUGACGGUCAGAUCACAGCGAUUCUCGACCAGAAGAAUUAUGUGGAGGAGCUGAACAGACAUUUAAGCGCAUCAGUAAAUAACCUCCAGGCCAAGGUGGACGCUCUGGAGAAGUCUAACACGAAGCUAACAGAAGAGCUCGCCGUGGCAAAUAACAGGAUCAUCACUUUACAAGAAGACGUGGAGAAAGUGAAGGAGGAGAGCUCAUAUCAGCUGGAGUCCAGGAAGGCAUCAAGAAGCGACUCGGCCCCAGACGGACAGGUGCUGGGUGAAACACGCAAGCAGCUCAAAGAGGAAACUUUGCUUCGAUUGGAUGUGGAGAAGGAGCUGGAGGUGCAGAUCGGGAUGAAGCAGGAGAUGGAGCUGUCCAUGAAGAUGCUUGAGAAAGACGUGUGUGAGAAGCAGGACGCGCUGAUGGAGCUGAGACAGCAGCUGGAGGACCUCCGGGUCAUCAACCAGCAGCUGAGCCACAAGUCUCAGAGUGCAGACGCCGGCUCUAAACAGAAGAGUGAAGCCAUCUCUCGCCUGGAGGAGAAGAUAAACCAGAUGUCAGGCACUGUCAAACAGAUGGAGACCAGAUACAAACAGGCUGAGAGAGAGAGGGCUCUGGCUGUAGAGGCCAACCGGCUCUUCAAACAGGACUUUGGGGACAAAAUCGAGAGUCUGCAGGUAGAGGUGGAGCUGCUGAGGAAGCACAGGGGUUAUCUGGAGGUGGAGCUGAGGAAAGAGCGGGAGCGGCGGAGCGAGCAUCACCAUGGCGACGCUGCGUCCGCACAGCCUGCUGCUCCUCGGAGGGAAAGGAGACUCCCAGAGAACAUACCAAAGCGUCCCUCAGAAGCUCUGUCAGCCAAAAGGGAGAGCGAGCAGUCAGGAGCAGAGGACAAGAGCAGUCUGAGCUCCAGCCUGUCCUCAAGGUCACACCAUGAGGAUGAGCAGGAAGAGUCCUUAGGGGAGAUCAGUCCGCCGUGCAUCUGUACGAUGUGUGAACAGGAGGACUCCCUUCUGAAGACAAAGAAGCAGUGUAAGAACUGCGGCGGGGUUUUCUGUGAGAGCUGUGUGUCCAACGAGCUGCCGUUACCUUCCUCCAUCCUCCCAGAGACUGUGUGUACCUCCUGCUUCUCUCUGUUGCUCCAACAAUACGCUUCAACACCAACCUGAAACAACUCCGCAUUUUACUACAGGACACCAUGAUCGGACACAUGGAAACCGAGGCAUUCAAUACAAAGCUGGCACUGCAAAAAUGCACUUUUUGACUUUGUGUCCUGAGACGUUAUGAAAAAUCUGAUGGCGAUCCGAAGGAGGUCUGAACUCUAAUGUCCAAACAUGUGCCAAUUAGAGCUGUUUUUUUGGAGGCAGGUUUUUAUUCUUUCAGAUACUGUUGUUAUCUGUUAUUCUUCCUCCGGGAAAACCUGCACUCAAAAAGCUGUCAAAUGGCACCUGGAUUGAAAUGUAUAGAAAAAGUCAACUUGAAUCAUCUCAUCUCGUGCAUGAAAACUGACUCUGCACAAUGUCCACUAAGUGGAUGGUUGAUUAAGAAGGUCAACUGUUAUAUUUAUAUUAAAAGUAAUUAGGUUUUAAAAUACAAGACUUUUUUGUUGUUUUAGUCACAACUGUUCUCCACCGCUCUAAAUCAUAUAGAGUGGCGAAGUCCCUCCCCUUCCGGUGGACCUCCAUGGGACCUUAUUUCGGAAAAAUUAUGUAUUGAA